AUGAAACCGCGGGGCCUAUGGGAGCUUAUGACCGACAUUGUCACCCGGUGUCUUCAGGACUCCCUUACGAACUCACCCGAGCUGAUACUUGACGAAGCCUUAGAGAGCUGCCCGUCCCUCAAUGAGGAGGAGGAGGCGCUGGUUCGUGAAAUCGUCUUGGGCACCCUGCACUUUGAGAAGUUGUCGGAGGGCAUGGUGAGAGGGUACCGAGAUUGCAUGCGGCACAUUGUGACCAAUAAGUGUUCCAUGUACCUCGUCGCCUACUUGAUGGUUUUUCAGUACACCGUGCUGGGCGGCCACCGCGUACGUGAACUCAUCCAUCGCUGCACCACCACACCGCGUCUUGUAGAGUAUCUAGAGUACAUGCUCGAUCCAGCGAGUCUCAUGGAAUACUCCAACCCAUACUGGAGUAAGCACUAUGAUGUGAAUUUUAUCACGACUAGUGUCUUGCGGCCUUUGCUAGAAAUCACCCCCCACGCCCGCGAAGACGUCAUUCAGUGGCUACUGGACAAGACGGCUGCCCGGGUUGUGAGGGCCGAUGGGGCGGAGGAUGCACAAGACGUGAAGCAACCAAGUGCCCGAACCGUGGCGCCGCAACCGUCGCGGGUGGCGAGUGCCCCUGAAGAACGCCCGGACAAACUUCCGCCCGAGGAGGUGCGGGCAAUGCUGUACACCAUUCCCGAGAAGCGACCCCCGCGAAUAGACUACACGAAGCCACCAGAAAACAUCGCCAGGCACAGACGCAGCCCCACGGAGCCAAUUGGUUUUAGCUUUAUGAAACGACAGCCAAGGCAAAAUAAAAAUACCGAAGAACCGCCAGUGUGCCACGCCGAGCCCCUCCACGCCUCUCCGGAAGAACUGCGGCAGAUGCUUGCGAAGCCCGUCGCCGUGCGUAUGACGGCCGCCGCCAUUCGAAGAGAGGCGCAGACGUACCUGAAGCAGAUGGAGGAACAGAAGAAGUCCCUUGAGGAGAUGGAGGAAGCCCUGCAUAACUCCCGGGAAUUCGAGGAGUGGCAACGCCAGGAAGAGACACGCGAGGCCCAACAGCGCAGGGUUCAGUUCUUGAGCCGCAAAGCCCAAAUUGCGGGUGCCAGCAACAAUGCUCUGCAAAAGCGAAGGGCAGUGGAGGAGAGGAAACACAUUGUGUCCUCCCAGGUGCGGGCGGAUCUUGCCUUGCAAUUGGGUUCCUUCGCCGCAGCGAGGCAGCAGAAGGCCGCGAAGCAGCGUAAGCAAGCUUCCAAACUGCGCCAAGAGUUGGACGAGAAUCGAAGGAAGGCCAUCGAUCAGGCGCAGCGAGUUCGCCUCUCUGCCGCGGCGGAUGUCAAGGCGGAGACCAAGCAGCUGCGGGAGGCUGCACUGGAAGAGGAGGGACGACUGAGAACGCAACGUCUCAUCCUCAUCCAAGAGAUUCGUCAGCUGCGGGAGCGCAAUCGUCAAAGGAAGGCAGAAAUGCACGAGAAAAAUGUCCGGCUACAGGAUGGGGGUUCAGAGGACUCGGCGUAUGGUGGGCUGUGUGUUGCGGCGCUGCGGGAAAAGCUUCUCCAAGCAAAGGAGGAGAGCGCGCGGUUAGAAGAGGAGCGGCGAACGCGAUUUGGUGCUGUGCGACAGGGGGAACGUGAUAAAUUAGACGCUCUCAGCGCCAUGUGCGCCAACUGGCGCCAAAACACGCGUCGCGCAAGGGCUGACGAGCUGAAGACCAAAGCGCAGGAGGCAGCAAAGCUGAAGGCGAGGAAAAACGAGGAAGAGGCGCAGCGGGCGCUUCUGGUGCGCGACGCGCUGAAGCAAAAACGCAAGGACCGACGGACAGAAUUCGCCGUCCUCAAGGCUGAGGAGCGUAGACGCAAUAACGAGCUGCUGCUCCUUGCCCAGGGCGCCUCAGAUAUGGAGGAGAAACACUGGUCGCAGCAGGAACUUGGCGUUAUCAAUCGUCUCACGGUCGCGCAGAAUAAAGAGUUUCGCUCAGGCUUCCGACAACCGCUGCCUUGA